AUGGCUAUGCAUAUGCUGUUUGAACUCGUCGUGCCAAUCAUCAUUUACUAUGUUUUACGAAACUUUGUCUCUCCUUUACUAGCCUUACUAUUAGCUGGGGUUCCUACUGCCCUUAUGGUGAUCAUCAAAGCUUACCGAGAGCGUAAGGUGGACAUGAUGGGCGUUUUAAUGCUAUUGGGUUUUGCUGUCUCCGCUCUCUUGGCUUUUGUUCAAUCUGAUCCUAAACUUUACUUGCUUCGAGAGUCUGCCAUGACCUUAGCUAUGGGACUGAUGCUCUUGAUCACCAUGUUCCCUUUGUGCUGGGGACAUCACGUCUUACGCCCCUUUAUGUUUUAUGUCGCUCGUCAAAUUGCCAUUUCCAGUAGUAUGAGUGCCAACACCGUACGGGAGCACUGGGACUGGUUUUGGGAGCACUAUGCUACCUUCCGAAACUUCUUUCGCGCUCUCACUGGCAUUUGGGGGCUUGGCCUUGUCAGUGAGUUUUUAGUGCGCGUGAUGCUGUUGAAUACCUUGGAUGAUGUGGACGAUGUCGUUUAUUUCUCAAAUAUUUACAUGAUGGUUGUCAUGGUAGUCUUGGGUGGUGUAACCAUAGCAAGUGCACUCUUGCUAAGACAUUAUUAUAACCUGGAACAAGAGAGGGUUAAAACAGCCGAGCGUAGAUCUGAAAUAGAAAGAAUCAUUGCUCGUGCUGCAGCAGAACAGCAGCAAAAGAAGUCAACCGUUACCAAACAAUGA